CUCCGAGUCCCGGAAGGCGGGUCUGGCGUGGGGUGGCCGCCCUCCUGGGACCUGGGCUGCGUGCGGAGGAGAUGGCGGCGCGAUGGAGCAGUGAAAAUGUGGUGGUGGAGUUCCGCGACUCGCAGGCGACGGCUAUGUCUGUGGACUGUCUUGGGCAGCAUGCAGUGCUUUCUGGCCGCCGAUUCCUGUACAUCGUUAAUCUGGACGCCCCUUUCGAAGGUCACCGAAAGAUCUCUCGCCAGAGCAAAUGGGACAUUGGUGCUGUGCAGUGGAAUCCUCAUGACAGCUUUGCGCACUACUUUGCAGCUUCGAGUAACCAGCGGGUUGACCUGUAUAAAUGGAAAGAUGGCAGUGGGGAAGUUGGCACAACCUUGCAAGGCCACACUCGGGUCAUCAGUGAUUUGGACUGGGCAGUGUUUGAGCCGGAUCUCCUGGUCACCAGCUCCGUGGAUACCUAUAUCUACAUUUGGGAUAUCAAAGACACAAGGAAGCCGACUGUUGCCCUGUCUGCCGUAGCGGGUGCCUCGCAGGUCAAAUGGAACAAAAGGAAUGCCAACUGUCUUGCCACCAGUCAUGAUGGGGAUGUGCGCAUAUGGGACAAGCGGAAACCCAGUACAGCUGUGGAGUAUCUGGCAGCCCACCUCUCCAAAAUCCACGGCCUGGACUGGCACCCAGACAGCGAGCACAUUCUUGCUACCUCCAGCCAGGACAACUCCGUCAAGCCUUUCAGCAACGGCUUAGUGACAGUGAUGGUGCCCCAGCUGCGCCGAGAAAACAGCCUCCUCCUCUGGAAUGUCUUUGACCUGAACACCCCAGUGCAUACCUUUGUGGGGCACGACGAUGUGGUCCUGGAGUUCCAGUGGAGGAAACAGAAGGAAGGGUCAAAGGAUUACCAACUUGUCACGUGGUCCCGAGAUCAGACCUUGAGGAUGUGGCGCGUGGACUCCCAGAUGCAGAGGCUUUGUGCAAAUGACAUAUUAGAUGGCGUGGAUGAGUUCAUUGAGAGUAUUUCUCUUCUGCCGGAACCAGAGAAGAACCUUCACACUCAAGAUACAGAGAAUCAGCACAACUCAAGUCAUGGGGAGGAAGAAGCCUCAAAGGAAGAUCCUCCCAGUCACCUGGAAGAAGAGCGGAAGUCUGAUCAGUUGGGGCUGCCUCAGACUCUGCAGCAAGAGUUCUCCCUGAUCAAUGUGCAGAUCCGGAACGUCAAUGUGGAGAUGGAUGCAGCAGACAGGAGCUGUACAGUGUCUGUGCACUGUAGCAACCACCGCGUCAAGAUGCUGGUGAAGUUCCCUGCACAGUACCCAAACAACGCUGCCCCAUCCUUCCAGUUUAUUAACCCCACCACCAUCACGUCCACAAUGAAGGCAAAGCUGCUGAAGAUCCUGAAAGACACGUCUCUGCAGAAAGUGAAACGCAACCAGAGUUGUUUGGAGCCCUGCUUGCGCCAGCUUGUCUCCUGCCUCGAAUCCUUUGUGAACCAAGAAGACAGUGCUUCCAGCAACCCCUUUGCUCUCCCAAACUCGGUCACACCGCCCUUACCAACGUUUGCUCGUGUCACCACCGCUUACGGGUCAUACCAGGACGCCAACAUCCCCUUUCCGAGGACUUCUGGGGCCAGGUUCUGUGGGGCAGGUUAUCUGGUGUAUUUCACAAGGCCGAUGACGAUGCACAGAGCAGUGUCUCCGACAGAGCCCACUCCCAGAUCACUCUCGGCCUUGUCUGCUUAUCACACUGGCUUGAUUGCUCCAAUGAAGAUCCGCACUGAGGCCCCCGGGAACCUUCGCUUGUACAGUGGGAGCCCCACCCGCAGUGAGAAAGAGCUGGUGUCAAUCAGCUCCUUCUACUACAAGGAACGGAAAUCGAGGAGAUGGAAAAGUAAGCGCGAGGGAUCGGACUCUGGCAACCGGCCAAUCAAAGCGGCUGGAAAAGUGAUCAUCCAAGACAUCGCAUGCCUUCUCCCUGUCCACAAGUCCUUGGGAGAACUGUACAUAUUAAAUGUGAAUGAUAUUCAGGAAACGUGUCAGAAGAAUGCUGCUUCAGCCUUGCUCGUUGGGAGAAAGGACCUCGUCCAGGUGUGGUCGCUGGCUACAGUAGCUACAGAUCUUUGCCUCGGUCCGAAGUCUGACCCAGACCUGGAAACACCCUGGGCCCGACAUCCGUUUGGGCGACAGCUGCUGGAGGCCCUGUUGGCCCACUACUGCCAGCUUCGGGAUGUUCAGACGUUGGCUAUGCUGUGCAGUGUCUUUGAAGCCCAGUCUAGGCCUCAGGGGACACCAAACCCCUUUGGACCUUUUCCCAAUCGCUCUUCCAAUCUUGUGGUGUCCCAUAGUCGAUAUCCUAGCUUCACCUCCUCUGGUUCCUGCUCAAGUAUGUCAGACCCAGGGCUCAACACUGGUGGCUGGAACAUAGCGGGGAGAGAGGCAGAACAUUUGUCCUCGCCUUGGGGAGAGUCUUCUCCAGAGGAAAUCCGCUUUGGGAGCCUGACCUACAGCGAUCCUCGCGAGCGAGAGCGAGACCAGCAUGACAGAAACAAAAGACUACUGGACCCUGCCAAUACCCAGCAAUUUGAUGACUUUAAGAAAUGCUAUGGGGAAAUCCUCUACCGCUGGGGUCUGAGAGAGAAACGUGCUGAAGUCCUGAAGUUUGUUUCCUGUCCCCCUGACCCUCACAAAGGAAUCGAAUUUGGUGUGUACUGCAGCCACUGCCGGAGUGAGGUCCGGGGCACACAGUGUGCCAUCUGCAAAUGCUUCACCUUUCAGUGCGCCAUCUGCCACGUGGCAGUGCGAGGAUCGUCCAACUUCUGCCUGACCUGUGGACACGGCGGACACACUAGCCACAUGAUGGAGUGGUUUCGGACCCAGGAAGUGUGUCCGACCGGGUGUGGAUGCCACUGCCUGCUGGAAAGCACUUUCUGAUCCGACAGACCCAGGAAGUGGUCAGAAAUUCUAGAGGCCCUCCUCAGUGCCGGCGGGGCGACAAGCUAUCAGCCAGGAGAGGGGUUCCAGGGCCUACCUCUGCCUAGCCUGAAGCUCCCCCAAAGGCUGGGGAACCAGUUUGCAGCGCCCAGGGCAGACCCAGCAACCAUAGAGCCUACCUUCCCAUAUUAUCUGCGUUGGUGAGCUAGUAAGACGAGGAUGCUUUCUGGAAGAAAAGUUUCUGCCUCCAGAGCCAGGGUUCACCUCAAACCAUCGAGCAGCGUCCCCUCGGGUGCCAGCGCAGAGACCAGAGUCAGGUGCUGAAGACAGUCCCUGGGACCAAAGGAUAGCAGGUGUCAAUUUAAUUGACAAGUGGGCCCAUUUGAUGAAUCGUGUGUGCCCUUUAAAAAAUACAUGUAAGUUAUAAAUAUGUGAUGUACUUAAGGAUUCUUAAGAUUUUGUUUUUGUUUUGUUUGUUCCCCUCCGCAGCUGCUGCCCCUUGGCUAAUAAAAUUCUAAUAACUGCUUUUUUUAAAAAAGGAAGUUGAACAAUUGAGUGGAUCAUUUCUUCCUCUACUUCAAAUUCAAAUGAGUUAUUUUAGAGAGCACUGAAAUUUCCUUUUGGC